GUUCCGCCGCUGCAAGAAAAUGUGUUAGUGUUAAAUUGUACAUUUUGUUCCAAAAAGGGGUGAAAAAAGUCAUUUUCUGUUAAAUAUCUGUAGGAAGUGCUCCCAAGUUGUACCGCUAGAGGGCGCAGUCCAAAACGGCGGUUAUAGUAAGGCGGAUUAACCGUGAACGGGGCAGUCCUCGGUGGAGGAGGGUCGUCAUGCCAAUUUCCAUACGGCUUUAGUAGCGUGACUGAGCGGAUACCGCGCUGCUCUGACUCAGUCAAACACAACCGCCACGCGCUCCAGGCUCAGGCCGGCCUGAGCAUCCGACCGCUCCGCGGACACACAGCGGCGACAGCCCGGGUGAGGAAGCAGGAAGAGGAUGGCAGCGAUCAAGAAGAGAAACUCAAACUCGUCCGCGGGCAGAGAGGACGACAAGCAGGCUAUGGAGAGGAUGCUGUCCUCGCCCGGGUCCAGCCCGGCGGGCACGCCGGGGAGCGAGGACAAAAGCCCGGGUAGGGAGGCGGCGGGAGGAGAGGACGGCGUGGCUCUGAAGAGGACCAUCACGCUGCUGAACGGCGUGGCCAUCAUCGUGGGCACCAUCAUCGGCUCGGGCAUCUUUGUCACGCCGACGGGGGUGGUGAAGGAAGCGGGCUCGGUGGGGCUGUCGCUGAUCGUGUGGGCGGUGUGCGGGGUCUUCUCCACGGUGGGGGCUCUCUGCUACGCGGAGCUGGGUACCACCAUCUCCAAGUCCGGGGGGGACUACGCCUACAUCCUGGAGGUGUACGGCUCCCUCCCGGCGUUCCUCAAGCUCUGGAUCGAGCUGCUCAUCAUCCGGCCGUCCUCGCAGUACAUCGUCGCCUACGUCUUCGCCACGUACCUGCUGAAGCCGCUCUUCCCGGUCUGCCCGGUACCGGAGAACGGCGCCAAGCUGGUGGCCUGCCUCUGCAUCCUUUUGCUGACCUUCGUGAACUGCUACAGCGUGAAGGCGGCCACCAGGGUGCAGGACUUCUUCGCUGCAGCCAAACUCCUUGCGCUGACUCUCAUCAUCAUCAUCGGCUUCGUCAAGAUUGGUCAAGGUGACACAGAAGAGCUUCUUCCAGAAAAUUCCUUCAAGGGAUCCAACUAUGAGUUUGGGAACAUCGGCCUGGCGCUCUACAGCGGCCUGUUUGCCUACGGUGGCUGGAACUACUUGAAUUUUGUCACAGAGGAGAUGAUUGAGCCAUACAAGAACCUUCCUCGCGCCAUCAUCAUCUCCCUGCCCAUCGUCACGGCCGUCUAUGUCCUCACCAACCUGGCGUAUUUCACCACGCUGUCGCCGCAGCAGAUGCUGGGCUCUGAGGCGGUGGCUGUGGACUUUGGAAACCACCACCUUGGUCCCAUGGCGUGGAUCAUCCCGGUCUUCGUGGGCCUGUCCUGCUUUGGGUCGGUGAACGGCUCCCUCUUCACCUCCNUCAGGUUGUUCUUUGUGGGCGCCCGGGAGGGUCACCUGCCCAACCUGCUGUCGAUGAUCCACCCCACACUGCUGACCCCGCUCCCCUCCCUCAUUUUCACCUGUCUGAUGACGCUGCUCUACGCCUUCUCCAACGACAUUUUCUCCGUCAUCAACUUCUUCAGCUUCUUCAACUGGCUCUGCAUCGCCUUGGCCAUCAUCGGCAUGAUGUGGCUGCGGUACAAGAAGCCCGAGCUGGAGCGGCCAAUCAAAGUCAACCUCCUGCUGCCGAUCAGCUUCGUGCUGGCCUGCCUCUUCCUCAUCAUCGUGUCUUUCUGGAAGACUCCGAUCGAGUGCGCCAUCGGGUUCGGCAUCAUCGCCACCGGGGUGCCCGUGUACUUCAUUGGUGUUUGGUGGCAAAACAAACCCAAGUGGAUGCUGAAUGGAAUCUUCUCAAGCACAGCCUGGUUUCAGAAGGUGAUGGAAGUUGUGCCUCAGGAGUCCUAAAAGCCCCUCCUCUUUACCUUCAGCCAGUGGCCAAUCAGAAGGCACCGAAAUUGUCUCUGAAAACUCAACGGGUGAAGUUUGACCUCUGCUGACUGUCCUUUCCUUUCACACACACACACACACACACACACACAAACACACACAGCCUGUCUGCAGACCGAUGAAGACUUGAUCAAAGCGUCUCGACUUUCUUCGUCUUUUUCCUCUUUCGCGUCUCGACUCCUCAAGCAUCAGUCCGAUCAGUAGUUUGUUUUUUUUGUUUUUUUUUUUCUGUCACAAUGUUUUCUUUUUGUUCAUGAAACGUUUUACUCUGAAAGGCGGGAAAUGACAGAGGAUUUUAUUUUGUAGCUUCCCGUUGCAGAAUUUGCAUUUUGUUUCCAGAGUUUCACUGUUGUUACUUGUGAAGUGGAUCUUCCCACUGAAGCCUUUUCCUGUGAACGUAUGUGCAGCCUACUGACCAAUCUCACACCAUUGAAGUGUUUCGCUGAUGUGCAGCCGUCGAUCACUCCUGUGAUGACUGUAGGAUCAAUAAUUGAGCUUCAUCCUUCGAGUGUGAGGCGAAUUUUUGUCAUUUCAUGCAAAAAUCAGUUCAAACGGGGUUGGGAUUGGACCCAAAGUCACCGUUCAUGGAACCUCCAGCACUCCCAUUCUCAAAUAACUCGCCGCACUUCUUCAGUGCUAACAUGAAAUGUGCGUUUGCAGGAGGUGAGGAAGAGGAGGCACAAACUGAGGGAACAAGGAGAGAGGCCCCACUCUCAAAUCACAGUAUUAUCUAGCUCGUGUUCCCACACGGUGACCGUUACAUUAAAAAAAACAAAACAAAAAAAAUUGUAAUGUAAAAUGUUAAGUUGACGACCCUCCUUAAAGGACCAAAAGUUUCGUUGCCGUGGAAACGGGCAGAAAAGGUUUAAGUUUGUUUUAGAAGUAGCACCUUUUCUAACACUCCAGCCAUUAAAAGAGCCGACGGGCACUAACCAGAAAACUGUAGAGUUUAUUUAUUUAUAUUAGUUAACUUUUACGUUUGUCAUUAGUUGCUCUAAUUUUGUUUACAGGGUAUUUUGUAAAAAGUGCUUUACAAUAAAAUUUGAGUUUUUUUCCACUUUUGUGUUUUUCUUCUGUUUUUGCUUCAUUUGUUCAUUUUUCUUUAUUUUAGUUUUCACUCACAUUUCUCUUGUUAGUAACUUAAACUUCAUUAAAUCAUCUUCAGAACUGUAGUUUCAUUUAACAGAUUAACAUUUCACAGUUUAAUGUUUUAUUUUGAAAGGACAGUAGGAUUCUUUACCCACAAAACUUUUGGGAAUAUUUUUUUGUUGCUUUUUUAAAGUAAAAGUUUGUUUCUAGAUUCAAAUGAAUGUGUCAAACAAACCCCUUACUAUAAAAUAUCACAUUUGUGAUAAAAUAGCACAUUUGUUCAGGUUUAUUUUAAUUUAAAUUAACAAAAACGAUAAAAGAGCAGGAUUUAAUUUUAAUUGGCAGUUUUGACUUUUCUACAGUUCACUGUAGAGGCAUAGUUUUUCGAUUUACAGGGGAGUAGAUACAGCAAAGCUUUUUUUUGUCCUCCCCCUUUCUUUUUUUUUUUUUUUUUUUUGACUUAAUGAGGUGGGUGGAGUAUUCUGGUCCAUGUGCCCGUCCCACUCAGUCUUCAUUUUCUCCAUGCAGAUUCCAAUGGGAGACUUCAGAGAUUGGCAGUUUGGACCUCCAUUUUCCCACACUAAAUAAAGCCUAUUUUACAAAAAAAAAGUGUGCAUUAACAGCCACAACGCAUUUCAUUUUUUUUGUUCAUUUUAAAAACGCACAUUCACAACCGGUUUCAUUGGAGUAAUUUUAUUUAAAAAAAAAAAAUCAAAUUUGAUUAAAUUCAUUCCAAUCUAUUAAACUUUUGCUUUUUUAAAUAAGAAAUUUAGAAACCUUAAAGUUUAAAUCUGUUUCCCAAACUGAAGUGCGAAGAAUCUAAAAGUCUUAUAACUUCCUGUCUGCAUGAAUACAUUCAAGGAAAUAAUGCAUUUUGAAUGUGACCGUCCUGCAAAACAGCCUCACUGGCAUUCUGCUUUAGGCCAAGUGUAGAUGAGUGACGAAAACCAACUAAAUUAAGCAGAAAUAACUUUAAAAGUGUAUUUAAAUUUCAGAAAUACAUACAGAUGUUGUGUUAGAAUCUGACUUUCAUUUUACACAUAAAUAAAAUGACUUAAAAUCCAGUUUCAUAUGCGAGAGCUAUUACUGAUUAUUAUUUUGUCACUGCUUAGAUCAACAGAUUUCUGCCACAUCCCAGACCCACUUUAGUCCCAUUUCUAAACUUAUGAACAAAUAGAUUAAAGCUAUUAAAUCCAUGUUUAAAUCCUCUGAAAAGUGCUCAAAGCCCCAAACAAGCUGCUGCUGUGAACAGAAAUGGAGCCCUGUGUGUUACAUUUCAAUAAAAACUGCAUAAAACAUUUGAAAAAAAUAAUUUUUCAUGCUUUUUUAUUUAACAUGAACUAAAAAAACAGUUGAGUUCUGAUCAUAUCAUUAGUCAGGUUUAUCUAAGUAGAAGAUCUGGUUAAAAAAACAUCUUUAUCUUUUGUAGAAAGCAGGAUAAAGUUUUAAACACUGAUUUUUUUUUUCUUUUUUAUAUCCUUUUUAUUUUAAACAGUCUAUUAGUGAGCGUUUACAGCAGCAUUGCCCUACAUCCUGCCUGUUUUCCAGCUCUCCCUGCACUUCUUGCUGCUGGUUACCUGGAUCAGGUGUGUUCCAUCACCUGAUCAGUAGACACAGAGAACCGUAAACCAGACAGGGUGGUGGAUCUGGAGGAUCAGGAUUUAUGUUAAUCUAAUGUGUUAUUCUGCCUUAUCUUCCCAUAUAUGCUGCGUUCAAGUGUGGCGCCUCCAGACAAUUUUAUCCUCAUUUUUAUAAGGUUUGGCUGAAAUAAAAUGAUUUAACUGAUAUUUUUCUGUGUUACAUUGUGAAAAGUAAAUCUCUUUUCUUUCUUUUAGGGAAAUGUGAAAGUUUUUACAAAAAUUGCUGCUCCAAACUGUUUUCAUGAUGUUUGGUUGUUAACGUCCUUCUCUGCAUGUCUAUUGAAUUGAUUUUAAGGAUGUGAAGAAGUUUAUUUUUGGAUACAAGCGCCAAAAAUCUCAAGAAUGUUCUUCAAAUCCUGCAUCCAACUAAAAAGCAUCUGUUUUCUUACUUGUUUCUCAAAAAAAAAAACACACAUAAGAACUGAUGUCAAUCCAUGUUACAUCCGUUUGGUCUAACGGCCUCGAACCGGCCGCUCACUGACCGUGCUGCCUUCUUCCCUCAAAAUAUUUGUAUGAUUUUGUAUUUCUUCAUCUGUUUAAGAAAAUAAAAUAAAACCAAACCAUGUAAAA